AUGGAUACACCAAUUACCACGUCUUUAGAUUCAGAAAAAAUUUUGAGUGGAUUUCAAAUAAAUUGGGUAAAAGUCCGUGAUGCAGAGACUAAAAAAGUUUUAUGGCAAGGAAAUAAUGACUUGUCGGUAUCGGAUGAAGAACAUGAAGCGCAUAUUCCAAUUCAAAUAUUCAAAUGUAACGCCGUUAUACGAGAAAUAAAUUUUAGUUCUGUUGAGAAUUUAGAAAACUUGAGAUUGGAACAGAGAGUACUUUUCAAAGAACGCUGUCUGGAGGAGUGGAAUUUUGAAUUUGGUUUUGUAAUGCCGGGGUCCAUUAAUACUUGGGAAAGUAUAAUUCUUGCCGCUCCAGAAUGUCAAAUGAUGCCUGCAAGUUUUCUCAGUGGAAAUCUUAUCAUCGAAACAAAGUUCCUUAAUGAAAAAUUACUAAUAGCAACUAGCCGCAUACGUCUUUUCUAUGUUUGA